ACCCCGCCCGUCAGAGCCCCUGGCGGCCACCCACUCACGACGGGCCCCGGGGCCCAGGACGCCCCAUGAGGCCCCGGGGGCGCGUGGGCGGCAGCGUCGCCGGGUGACCUCCAGGAGGCUCGGGCCUGGGCGAUGGCUACCCGGGGGCGCGGGGGAACGCCGGCCGUCGUGGGCGCCCACGCUCGACGGCAGUUGCGGGGCGACCGGGAGCCCGCGGAGCCGCAGCCCCCACCCCCAUCCCCACCCCCCGCUCAUGUCGCCCGGCUCCGCGGCCGCCCGCGGGCCCCGCCGGCCGCCCCCCGCCGGCCGCCCGCUGCCCGCCCUGUCCUCCCGCUGCAGGAAGGCCGAGCCGGAGGAGGCGUCCGCCCAGCCGUUCGCCGCGCGCGCGGAGGCGCCGGGGCCGCGAGGCGGCUGCGCGUUGGGAGACGACGCCGGGGACGACGCGCGGGCCCGCGACGGGGCGGGAAUUUAUCUCACUGGAAUUUGGAUUCAGAAGUACCUCUUCCUGAGAAUAAAAACCUCCCACCUGGAAGGGAUAGUGCAGCAGGUGGCAAAAUUAACAAGAACCAUUUGGAAAUUCCAGUAGAGCAACUGAUGCUAAAACUUAAUUUGUCAGAGCAUGCUCACAAAAGAACACAGAAUAGUAAACAAAGGACAUUUCAGUUAUGGAGUUAUCCUCUUAAAGAAGGAAGUACCAUGGACAACAGGGAUUUCAAAAAACCUUCAAUGGAAAUUGGCUUUAAUACAACCAACAAUCCCAUAAGGCUCUUCACUCUGAACCACUCACUAACAAGUGCUCCAGCUGAUAAGCAAGUUGGUUCUUACUCUGAACUGCUGACGCCAUUAGGUCUCUGCUGGCCCUAUGCUGAUGGAGAUUUUUUUAAGGACAGAAAUGACUCUCUUAAUAAUUUAUGUUCAACUAUAGAAAACAACAAUGGUGAAACUUUAUCUGCUCCAACUUGGAAUUUGAAAUAUAGAAACAGCAGUGUAGAAGAAAAUUUAACAGAUGAAAGUGAUUUAUCAGAAAAUGAAAAAGCAAAUGAUACUUUACUCAGCUGUUUUAAAAAGAUGGACCUGAACUUAAAGCCAGAAACAAUAGAAAAUGUUGAAGAAUCUUUCACAGAAGAACCAAGUGAAGUAUUUCCAUAUCCUGAUUUUCUCCCUCCUCCUUUCAAUACUCUGGACUUGCACAAAUUAGCCCUCUCAAAAUCUGAAAAUUGGAAAGCAGCAGUGGAAUCUCCAGAAAGCUGUAUUGAACCUUUGAUAACUCGUUUAUUAGAAAUGGAACGACUACAACAUACUACUAUACAAAAAGAGAGGCCAAGAUUACAAACUACCUUCUGUACUCCAGCAGUUACUGAACGACCCUUUUCCUCUAAAACUAUACCCAAAAUGAGACAGCCAAAAGUUUCUGACUCUGUAAGUCUUCAGACAACUUGUGUAGAUAAAACUAGAGAAAAAAGGAAAAAGAAUUCUGCUUCUUGCAAGCUUGAACAAAAUGCUUCACAAUGGAAUUGGAGCAGUGCUGGCAAAUAUAAAUGGAAUUCUAGACCACCAUCGCUAAAAAGUUCAUCCACAACAAAACAAUUGGUGGCAACUUAUGAUGACUUUAAAAAUCCCCAAAGCUCCAUUUUAAAUCCAUGCCAAGAACUCUCAACCAAUGCUACUACUGCCCAGUCAACUCAAUCACUGGUUAAAGUGGUCUCAACAAGACCCUGUCUGCCACCAAGGUCUCUAAUACCAGUUUCACCUAUACCUCUGUCUUUUUCUGAAAAUCAGAGGGAAGAAAUGAAGGCACCAAGGACCAAAAAGAAACUUUACCGAAAACAUAUAGCAUUGAACAGGCCAUUCUAUAUUCAGAAUCUAAACUGUCUAUCACCUUCAUUUAGAGCUAAGGGUAAGUGCUCACCCAUUGAGCAAAAAUAACAUUUCCCCCCAUACAUCUCUAUAUGAGCAAAUCUUUCAAGAAGCCCAGCUAAAAUAUGGUUCAUCAUUUCGAGAUGCAGGUAUUAAACACACACACAGUACUUGAUGUGAUAUUGAGCAGAACCUGUGGAAAUCACUGCUGGGAUCGGUGACGUAUCAACCCAAGGUGACAUAUUGGACAAUCUUUUGUAUGUUGUUUCAAAAUGUUUCGCUUAGUAAACUAUUCUACUCAAAAGAUUGUUCUUUUGUUGUGAUUGUUUCCCAGUAUAAUUCUAUCAAUAAAUUGCAUAAUUGACUUAU